AUGGCGGGAGCAGUCUCAGCAAUCUUCCUCCUCGACAUGAAGGGCCGCGUCCUAGUGUGGCGGGACUACAGGGGGGACGUUACCGCGGUGCAGGCGGAGCGGUUCUUCACCAAGCUGAUAGAAAAGGAGGUCAGCGAGGGGCUCCUGUACAUUCUCUCUGCUCACACCAACUCAGAGAAGAAACAGACCUAAUCUUGUUUGGCAUUCAUUCCGUCAUAAGCGGACUAUAGCUUUGAGCUUGUUCGUUUCCUCUGGAAUUGAGUUUGCAAUACUCUGCUGGACUGAUACGCCCUAAUAUUAGGUCGAACAAGUUUACUUCAGUCUUUUGCGGCACUCUCGUCUGCCUUGUCGUCUAUCGUCGGUUGCAUUUGAAUAUAAUUAGCUGGAACUUGUCAUGUUGACGCGUUUCUAUGUAGAAAACGCCAUCUGUCGCAUUCUAUGGUUGAUAAAAAUCCUAAAGAACUAUCUCACUCUUCAUUUAAUUUGGUGCAGGGCGAUCAAGAGUCUCAUGAUCCUGUCAUUUAUGAUAAUGGUGUCACCUACAUGUUCAUUCAACACAAUAAUUUGUUCCUGAUGACAGCAUCCCGACAGAAUUGCAAUUCUGCCAGUAUAAUUCUCUUUCUACAUCGUGUUGUGGAUGUGAGUUCUCCUUGAUGUUGGAAGAGACAUUUGAUUAUUGCAACUGUUUUCGUAUUCAAAGACACCGAGCGAGUGAGUAAAUUCCAUACGCCCUAUGUUAUCUAUUCCACUACAUUUAGGAUGUGGCUGCUUGUGCAGGUAUUUAAGCAUUAUUUCGAGGAGUUGGAGGAAGAAUCUCUUAGAGAUAACUUUGUAGUUGUGGUAAGUAACAUAAUAUGGGUAUCAUCUUUUUUCUUCUUCCAAUAUGUUUAUUAUUGUAGGCAUGGAACUUGUAAUUUGGUGAUCUAAUCAUGAUUUUUUUCCUAUUCCAAAACAGUAUGAGCUACUUGAUGAAAUCAUGGACUUUGGCUAUCCUCAGUUCACUGAAGCAAAAAUUCUUAGUGAGUUCAUCAAAACUGAUGCGCACAGAAUGGAAGUUACUCAAAAACCACCAAUGGCAGUAACAAAUGCUGUUUCAUGGCGAAGUGAAGGCGUCUGCUACAAGAAGAAUGAAGUGAGCUUUUCUUUCAAAUAUCUUUCGAUAUUUUCUACAGAGCUAUCCUAUGAAGGAAAGCAUUUUUUCAAAUAUGCUUUUCUUUCAGGUUUUCUUGGACGUGGUUGAGAGUGUAAAUAUGCUUGUCAACAGAAAUGGCCAGAUCGUACGAUCUGAUGUUGUUGGUGCACUGAAAAUGAGAACAUACUUGAGGUAUGGUAACACUUAAUUAUAUCAUUUUUUUAGUUUUUACCCUUGCACAGAGUGGGCGAUAAGAAAUGUUUUGACAUUACUUAUCGCCUAUUUUGGUGUAGUUGAACAUGCUUUGCAAAUAAAAAAUAAUCAUAUGCUUCUCAUAGAAACAAAUGUGGAUAAAUGAACUUUGUAGUAAACUAAGCAAUCAAGAUUAUCUUAAAAAGUGAGCUAUCCCAAAUAACUAGCUUAUAUAGGUUUUGUAAUUGAGGUAGAAGAAGAUACGUAUGGAAGUGUGAUAAUUGUGUACAAUGAGAACGUCUUUUAUGAAUAAUCAUAUAGCCCUGCAUCCAUUUGAAAAUAUUUUGGUGAUAAUCUUUCACAAAUCUUCAGGAUCUGGUUUACGGGAAAAAGCAAAAGACAUACAGCGUUAACAUACCUUAUGAACAAGUUUUUUUCCUUAAAUUCUCUGAUAACAGCCAUGAUAGAGUCUUUUGGACCUUUAAUCACAUAAAUGUUGAUGUAAUCGUUUAUGGUGCUGAAACUUGUCUAUAGGAAAGCCCAUGGCAAGGUCAGUUGUCACUAUAUUCGAAUAAAAAUGCAUACAGUGAGUUUCAAUCAGAAAUGGGCUGGUUAGGCCUUUAACUGCAUUUUGACAGCCUGAUUUUUUGUUCUUAUACAAUUAGUUCUUGGUGUACCCAGAGACAAAUAAAAUCCAGGAAUAUCUGUAAUUUUUUCUUUAUUUUUUUUUCUGUAUAGCUUUACAUGUUCUGUCAGAUGCAGAUUAGUUUGGUACGUACAGUUUUCACCGAAGUUUAUGUUUCUUCUUAAAUAUACCGAAGAUUAAACUCCGUGACAACUGCAGAUUCAAUCAAGAGUUGACAAGUGGACCCCAUUUUGGGGAAAAUUUUGGCGUUUGGUAAUCCCACAGAUACGAUCAUAUUUUCACAGUAUCGGCCCAGUGCUGAUUUGCGAAAUGUUGGGGAGGGAGACUGAAGUUUCCAGUUAUCAAACACAACGAUAUUGAACGGGGGCUUUUCUGGUCUUCGUUUUCUUCGGGGGAUGUGGUGUGGGGCGGGGGGUUGGUCGGUGGAAAUGAUUCCCCAGUCUUUCUGUGUUAUAAUAGCAGCAAAACUUGAAUGUCAGGGGCCUCGACGUACCAGAAACUGUUGGGCAUUUUCAACUCCUUUCUUCUCUUCAUGUUUUCAGAGUUUUUAAUCAAGUACGAAUGGUGGAGUUCAUGUGAACCCGGAAAUGAUUUUGAAGAGGGGGGUCUAUAAGUUAGUAAAAUGGUAGAAAUUAAUCGAAAAUUUUGAUUUGGUGACAACUAUCUCAAGAAUCAUUUGCUGGCAGUAUUUACGAAAGGCAGGGAAACACCUAUCUAGUCCAAAAGGGAGAGCCAAUAUCCCUAGGAAUUGAAAGACGGGCAUUUAUUGGAAGUUGUCUGGUCUCCACUGAAUUGGAUGAUUCUCAUUGUGAUUGCAUAUUUUUUGGUGCUAGCAGACGAAGGGCAAAGAACAGGACUGUGCAACUGCCAGUAGAUGUUGGAAGCAGAAAAAGGAAAGGACAAAAGAAAGAACUCUGCCCUUAAUUUCCAUCUCCUUCCCCUACUAGCUAGCUGGAAUGGGCCGACCACUGCUAGCCCUUGCUAUGGUCGUCCACUUGCCCCCCUUCCCUGAAAAUCGGAUCUUUUUAUUGGUUGGAGGGCUGGGGUGGUUAUAUGAAGGUGUGAAGUUAUUUAAUAGUCAAAAUAAGCUAAAAUAUUUAUGUAUACUUGUUUAUAGAAAAUAAUAUAUUUUUAUUUUUAUUCUGUUACCCAAAUCGAGCUGUUCUUGGACUGGCCGAUACGAGAGAUUGGAUCUGGAUUGGCACUGACUUGUCUGCCCCCCCUUAUCUCAUUCGGAAUUUCUCAGUUGGCACUUGUGGAUGUAGCAGGUGACAUGGUACCAAUGGUCAGCUGAUCCAAUUCUGAUCUAGAUUAGAUUUCCUUGGUCAGUGCCUGUGGGUGUUUUAGAUAGCGUGGCAUAAUUUUCAGGCAGGCAUCAACAAUAAACAUAUUGGAGAGGGGGAUUUCUCCAUAGUGACAAUCUGGCCAUAAAGCAGUGGCUCGCGUGGAGAUGUCAUUGAGCCAUAUUCAUCACCUUUUUCUACUGCUCUCUGCUCGAAGCUGCAGUUCCGUUUUUAGCUUAUUUUCCCUCCAGAAGUUGGUUCCUUCUUACAGCCUGUUAUUCCCUGCGAAGGGUCGAAUGUUUCUAAAGUAGGAAAUACUCAACAUUUGCAGUGGCAUGCCAGAGUGCAAGCUGGGCUUGAACGACAGACUGUUCUUGGAGUCUCAGGGUCAAUCAACAAAGGGUAAAGCCAUCGAUCUGGACGACAUCAAGUUCCACCAGUAAGAAUCAAAGACCCGUCCUUCCCUUCCUUUUUCGGAUCUCUCUCGAGACUAGGCUGUGCCCUCCUCAUGUUAUCAUUAGCUCACCUCUGUCCCCAGGUGCGUGCGUCUGGCCCGUUUUGAGAACGACAGGACGAUAUCCUUCAUACCUCCAGAUGGGUCCUUCGACCUAAUGACCUACAGGCUCAGCACCCAGGUCAGCCCUCUUUCCUCGGCCCCAGGUCAACCCUCUCUCUUCAUGGCGGGUCCUGACAGAUCCCUUGCUCCACAGGUGAAGCCUCUAAUCUGGGUGGAGGCCCAGAUAGAGAAGCACUCCAGAAGCCGGAUAGAGUUCAUGGUGAAGGCCAGGAGCCAGUUCAAGGAACGCAGGUACUCCACAGCCCAGCUUCUUUAAAACUUAAUCUUCAGGCACUCUUUGCCCAUUAAAGGGGAGGGGGGAGUCCCAAUGCAGCACCGCCACCAACGUGGAAAUCGAGUUGCCGGUUCCUGCGGACGCCACCAACCCUAAUAUCCGCAGAUCCAUGGGCUCAGCCGCCUACGCCCCGGAGAAGGACGCCCUCGUCUGGAAAAUCAAGUCCUUCCCGGGUGGCAAGGUGAGAUAACCUAAGUUACCCAAUAUUCAUCUCUCUACAUGUUAUGAAUCCCCCCCGCCCUACUUUCUCUCUACAGGAGUAUAUGAUGAGGGCCGAAUUCAGCCUUCCCAGUAUAACUGCGGAGGAGGCGGCCCCGGAGAACAAGGCCCCUAUCCGGGUGAAGUUUGAGAUCCCUUACUUUACGGUGUCUGGAAUACAGGUAAUAACCCCGGCUGAGACUUUUCACAGGUAAAGAAACUCACCCUGAUGCGUUAUAUGGUUGUUGAUUUUGGUAGGUUCGGUACCUUAAAAUCAUAGAGAAGAGCGGCUACCAGGCUCUCCCCUGGGUGAGGUACAUAACCAUGGCGGGCGAGUAUGAAUUGAGGCUCAUCUGA